AUGGUGGACGUAGAAGAUGCUGCAGCUGUUGUUGUUGAUCAAACUGUUACUAGCGUUGGCAGUAAUAUUACGACGACAGAUAUAGAUGCUGGCUCAUUUAAAAGCAGCUUACCUCCUAGGAAGAGAGCCAAGACGCAAGAAGAGAAGGAGCAGCGAAAAAUUGAAAGAAUAUUGAGGAAUAGAAGAGCAGCUCAUGCGUCUAGGGAGAAGAAGAGGAAACAUGUUGAGUAUUUGGAAAUUUACGUUGUUAAGUUGGAGGAGAAUUUGAAGAAAUUACAGGAUGGGUAUCAAUCUGUUGUGGAAAAGUUGAAUAAACAAAAUGGGGAGUUGGAGUCAGUGACAGAAAAAAAUGUUUUUGACUUGGGAUUGGAAGAUUUGGCUGAAUUAAAGAGUCAAAUACAUUUGAAUAUGAAUGGCGGUAGAAGAAGUUGUAAAAAAGACAGUUUGAUUGAGGCAGACGAAGAGGAGUAUGAAGAGGAGGAUAUGGAUGAAGAUUCGGAGAUAAAUAGAGAAUCAUUACAGGUGGGGAAAAGUAUAGAUUUGAAACCACCUGUAAAGAAGAGGAAAUUAUCGAAGAAGAAGGAUACAAAAGUGACACAAGUUGUAUCGACUCCAACACCACUAACCGCCACGUCCCCUAAUACUAUAACUACAACUACCACCACGACAAUGACAAUGACACCAUUUGUCGAUUCUACACCUGUACAUAUCAAAGCCGAGGAUACUGAAUCCCAUUUAAAACCAGAAGCUGAUAAUACAUUUUUCAACUACUUAUCACCUGUCUCAAUACAUUCCCCAGUUAAUUCACCAAUUGAUUUGACAUUAACUGGUAACCUCAAUCCAAAUUCAAGCGAGGUAUUUGACAUGGAAACUAAUAAAAAUACGGUACUGGCAACUAUGACUCAAAUUGAUUCACCAUUAUCAAUAACAGAAGAUUCAGGACUAGCCACUACUACACCAUCAUCACCAUCAUCAUCAUCAUCACCACUACCACCACUAGCAUCGUCGUCGUCGUCUCUAAGCUCAAGUGAGUCUAACUUUUCAUUAUAUGAAACGGGGCAAAAUUCAGCAGUGAUUUUGUCAGUUGAACUAGGAAAACAAUUGCAACAAUCUACAGUGGGAAAUUUAAAUUGUAACGAAUUGGUCAAAUUGGCUAUUGCUGUUUGA